GGUACUGUGUACUGCAACGCUAGCCUAGCUCCCUCGUCCUCCUCUCCUCUCGUCCUCCUGUCUACCCUGUAUGUGUGUUCGGAAGGUGCCUGUCUCAGGUGCAGACAUGGCCACCUCUGUGCACUCCAGGAUUAUUCUAUGUCUGGCUAUAUCUUUGGUUCCGGUAUUGGCAGUGGCCAGCCAGGAUGUCAAGCUAGGGCACGAAGACAGCUGUGCAGAAAACGGCAAAGUCUACAGCAACAAUGAUAUUUGGAACCCGGAGCCAUGUAAGAUCUGUGUGUGUGACCUGGGCACUAUUACCUGUGAGGAUGUCCGAUGUGAAGACCUAGCUUGUAAGGAAACCACCACCCCUGAGGGAGAAUGUUGCCCUGUGUGUUCUGAGGCUGCAGGUACCCAGGGCCAGCAGGCUGCUACCUGGGAUAAUCUGCUACCAAAGAUCAAAACAGAGGAGAAGAAGGAUGAGACCUGCAGGGACAACGGGCAGGUGUACGCCCACAACGACAUGUGGACCCCAGAGCCGUGCAGGGUGUGUGUGUGUGACAGUGGAACCACCCUCUGUGAGGAGGUGCAGUGUGAGACGGUGGGGAACUGUGAGAAGGUUACCAUCCCUGAGGGAGAGUGCUGCCCCGUGUGUGACAGCUUCUCCAGCGCUAACAGGAGGAUAGAAAUGAUGGCGUUCCAGGGUCAGAAAGGUGAACCUGGUGAUAUCCCUGACGUCGUGGGGCCAGUAGGUCAACCUGGACCAAUGGGUUUACAGGGCCCAGCUGGCAUCGACGGGAACCAGGAGUCCCAGGGAACCCUGGUGAGCCAGGAUCCCCGGCCAGCCCUCACACCCUGGGUUGAGGUGACCUUGCACCUGCUCUCUCUUCAUAUGGAGGCGGCUACCUGUCUGUGGUCACCAGUGAAGAACUUCCACACCGUGAUAAGGAAUGAAGAAUGA